AUGAAUUUUGAUUAAAUUAAUUCUGAACCAGAUGAGCCUAAUCUAGACACUAUAUAAAAUAAAGAAAAAUGUAAAUAAAGUCCAAAAGAAUUAAUAAAAAAAAGAAAUAAAAGAAAUGCAUUAUCUGAUUAUAACAAAUUAUAGUAAUUUAACGAGCAAUUGAUAGUUGAAAGAUAAAUAUAAAAUAGAGGUUCUAUGCUAUCUUUCUUUUUAAAAAACAUUUAUGUGAAGAGAUUUUUAAACAGAUUGUUAUUAAGAAAGAAAAUCAAACAAUAAUACUAACAAGAAAUAUUUAAUUUGAUUGAUGAUAAAUCUGCUUACUACACAACCAUUUCAAAUAGGAUUCAAUAAUUUCCAUCUUUGUUAAAUUUAGAUUUUUUUUAAAAUGUGACAAAUUUAAUGGAGAAAAAAGUAUAUUUUGUCAUCAAGAAAUAUAUAAGCAUAAUUCCUAUCAUACAACCAGAAAAUUAUGCUAAAAUAACCUUUGAUGUAAUUGGAACGACAGCAAGAUUAUAUUUUUUGUACUUGAUUCCAGUUGAUUUAGCUUGGGCAUAGUAUGCAUUUCUAUUUUAAUCAUUAUCUUUCAUUACCAUUAUUAUGAUUACUAUUUUGAUAGCAGAAUUCUUAUUUAAUUUAAAUGUUGCAUAUUAUUAGGAAGGGAAUAUGGUUACUGACAGAAAAUAAAUCGCAAAGAAUCUUAUUAGCAAAUCAUAUGGCCUAGAAAUUUUUUCAACCAUUACCCUUAUUUUAGAUCUUAUAUUUCCAGAUAUUUAAACUUAAAAAUAAGAUAGCACUCCUUAAAAUUUGAUCUUUCUAUUAUUUCUUGUGCAUAAGGUUAAUAUUGACAGAAUAGUAACAGUUUAUGAAACUGCUAUUAAUUUAAGUAAGAAGUUUUCUUCAUAUUUAACUUUGGUCAAAUUGCUGAUGUUUUUCUUCUAUGUUGUUCAUGUAUUUGCUUGCUUAUGGUAUUGGGUUGGAAAAUAUAAUAAAAAUAAUCCAGAAAAUUGGUUAUAUAGAGCAGAAAUUAUGGAUGAUAGUUGGGACCAACAAUAUUUAGUUUCAUUUUAUUAUGCCUGCGUAACAAUGUUUACAGUCGGAUAUGGUGAUCUAACACCUAAGACAUAAAUAGAAAGAGUCGUAACAAUUCUAUUUAUAAUAUUAUCAAGUGUGCAAUUACCAUAUUCUGUCAACACAGUAGGAAAUAUAAUAUAGCAAAUAUCUGCUUAUGGCGAGGAAAGAAAAAAUAAACUCAGAACUAUAAACUCUUAUAUGUAGAGAAAAACUGUACCAUAUACUUUGCAAAAUUAAAUUAGAUAAUACCUUGAUUAUUAUUGGUAACUAUAAGCAAGUGAAGAAAGUGAAGAUGAAAAGUAAAUUAUUUAAUAACUUCCAGAAAACUUAAGAGAUACUCUUAUGAUUAAAGCUAAUCAUUCAUUUUUUAAUAAAGUAUCAUUAUUUAAGGAUAAUUUCUCAAUAGCAUUUAAGCAAAAGCUAUUAAAAAAAAUUAACCAUUUGGUUUUAUAACCUGGACAAAUCAUUGAAAUUCCAGAUGAAAAGCAAGAUUGCCCUAUAUUAUUUUACAUAGAGGAAGGUACAAUAGAAGUUUUUCUUAAUUAAAAGCAUAAACAAUGUAUCAGAAAAGUAAACAAAUAAUAAGCUUUGGGAAUAGAUAAUUUUAUAGUAGGUACUUUAACUACUGAAAUUUUUAAAAGUAUCGGUCUAUCUAAGUUAUUAAUUCUUCAAAGAAAUGAUUUUAUUAAUGUUAUAAGUUAAUUUCCUGAAGAUUUUGAGACAUUUUGUAAAUUAAAGGAUGAUAUUAUAUUUAAUCAGGAUCUUUAGCUAUUUGAAUAUAAUUGCAUUGCUUGCGGAAUGAAUAGCCACAAAGUUGUUCAUUGUCCUUUUAUACAUUAUGCUCCCUAAAAAGAUUUUAUUAUUAAAAAGUUCAAUUAUUAUUAAAAUUAAAAGAGAAGGGAUCAUCUUAGAUCAAAUAAUAAAACAAAAAGAUAUUUUUAAUUAUCUGAAUUAAAUUUUCUUAAGAAAUAGAUUUCUAUAAUAUCUAAUAAAAUAACAGCUCCACAUCUAGUGUAAAAUAAAUAAUAAUAUAAGUCGCUAACUUAAUCAAAGAAUCUUCUUAGUAAUCAUCAUGUUAAAUCUAAUAGUUAAUAAAAGCUACUAGAUAUGUAGCCAUUAAGGCUUGUUGAUUAUGGAGAGAAACCUAUUAUAAAAUAAAAUCUGCGAGGUAAUGCACAAAAUACAUUCAGAAUAAAUUAAAAAUCAAACACAAAAAGACUAUUUAUAGAUGCUGUUAAAAAAGUAAUAGCUAUUUAGAGAUGGUUUGGUAGGAAUGAUUUAAGUAUGA